AUGAAUUUGGAUGUUCUUGUGUUAUAUUAUAUUAAUCACUCAAAUCAACUUUCAUUUUUAGGUUAUUUAAGCAACGGAAGGCCCCUAACGUGUGUGGCAUGGACAACUUUCACUUCCCGUGACCUUUUAAAUACGCUCAAAAUACCUUCGAAGACGUUCAUCACAUUUAUGAUGACCCUUGAAGACCACUAUGUCAAAGACAAUCCAUUCCAUAAUUCUCUGCACGCUGCGGAUGUAACGCAAGGAACUCAUGUUUUAUUGAAUACUCCAGCUUUGGAGUCGGUCUUCACACCCCUCGAAAUAACCGCAGCCCUGUUCGCGGCCUGCAUUCACGAUGUUGACCAUCCCGGCUUGACGAACCAAUUCUUGAUCAAUUCCAGCAGCGAGUUGGCGUUGAUGUAUAACGACGAAUCCGUGUUGGAGAACCACCAUUUGGCAGUGGCUUUCAAAUUAUUGCAGAACGAUGGAUGUGAUAUAUUCUGUAACAUGACAAAGAAGCAGAGACAGACCCUGCGUAAAAUGGUUAUAGACAUGGUGCUGAGCACAGAUAUGUCCAAGCACAUGAGUCUGCUUGCUGAUUUAAAAACGAUGGUCGAGACCAAAAAAGUCGCUGGGUCCGGGGUUUUGUUGCUGGACAACUACACUGACCGUAUUCAAGUAUUAGAAAAUCUAGUCCAUUGUGCUGAUCUGAGUAAUCCUACGAAACCAUUGUCGUUGUAUAAACAGUGGGUCGAACGACUUAUGGAAGAAUUUUUUCAACAGGGCGAUAAAGAAAGGGAAGCCAAAAUGGAUAUAAGUCCCAUGUGCGAUAGGCACUCGGCAACGAUUGAAAAAUCGCAGGUCGGUUUUAUAGAUUAUAUUGUUCACCCAUUGUGGGAAACUUGGGCUGAUCUGGUCCAUCCAGAUGCCCAAGACAUAUUAGAUACGUUGGAGGAGAACAGGGAUUAUUAUCAGGCCGCCAUACCACCUAGUCCACCUGCUGACGAUAUCGGUGACGGGCAAAGGCCUGGAAUAAGAUUUCAGGUUACAUUGGAAGAAGGUGAGGGAGAAGGCGAAGGUGAAGCUUCUGCUAGCUCGGAAGCUCCAAUGUGACGGAGAUUCGCUGGCCUCUGCAAAAAGCUCACCGAGAAGGUGCAGCAGUGGUGGCGUGUCAAGUAGGAGACGCUGGUCGUCCCCACUGACGUUCUACCCUAGCCGCGCAGGCGCGGAACUAACCUAAAUAUUUACUAAUCAAAAAAGCACCGCUUGACUGAAUCUCUGAACCGUUGUUUAAACGAUUUACUACAAUCACCAAAAAACAAUGCAUCUUUUGAGGUGGAGCUCUAUCUUUCGUCAUCCUCAUUCUUCAUACUCAUACUCAUAUUCAUACGAUUAAAAAAAAUUUGAGCUUAUCAUAUAAUGUACGGCUAUAUUUAUAUGGAAAAAUUCUAAAACAGUUUUAUGUAAGGGUCUACAAACUAUUGUAAUGCGUAUGUUGGUGUUGUGAUCCCAUAUUACGAGAUAAUACAAAUUCUGAUCUACGGCCGUUUUCAAUUAACCUAUCCAGCCAUAUUUUCAAUUACCAUAGAAGUUAAAAAAACCUUCUGAUUUCGUUUCUUUGAUAUGUGGAUAGGUGUCAAAAUGGCUUCCUCUAUCAUGCUUUUGAAAACGGCCGUCAGUUUCUUUUCAAAAUUACGUUUAUUUCCGAUAGAUCAAAGGAACUCUUGAUACUUUAUGCGAUCUGAAAUAUUUUUGUGCUGAAGUUCAUAAAAGAUGAUAAUGCUUGUAAAGAGAACUAACCAAUUUGAUAUUUGUGUCAAAAUUGAAUAACUGCAUUACUUUGUAGACCCUUUCGAUAUAAUAUUUCUCACAAAUGGCGAUACUAUAUUUGGAAAAUGAUUCAAACAAUUGUGGCCUCAUUUGGUUCCCUUAUUUUUGCCCUUUAUAAAUUAAUCCCUUUAUAUUUACAUACUCUCAUUUUUCAUUUAUGUUCGAAUUCAAUAUCCUUGUAAAUAUAAUCAUCAUUUCUGUCUAUAAAUGUAAUACUCGGAGCCCAUGUAUAUGCAUAGUUAUUACUACAAAUACGUGUCAUGUCAUGUCUAUAACUACACAAAGAAAAGCUCUCUCCAUUUUGUAUGUCUUUGACUUCAACUUUUUUAUAUUAGAAAAGAUUUUUCGAAACAUUGGUUGAAAUGGAAUGGUUCUUGUUUGUCGAUUCAGUAUGAAGAAUUUUGCAAUUAGUAGUGUUAGUUGAUUUAUUGAAUGAUUCUUCCAUAUUAUAUUGUUACAUUAUGUUUAUUUCUGAAAAUGCCUUCAUUGUGAUCCAAUUGGUUUAUAAGAUGGUUUUCCUCCUAA